AUGGCGGAGACCGCUCACCACAGCCCCAAGAUCUGGUGUAUGAAAGCUGCCCACCCCACAUACACCGCAACCAACGCGGAUCAGCAGCAACAACUGAUCAGACACCCACAAAGUCCAGCCACACGUACACAUCCUGGCACCCUAACGGGACACCUUCCUCGGGUGACUCUCCUCAAGCUCCCGGCUCCGGUAAAGGGAUGGACCAGCAACUGGCGGCAGGAAAAGGGGCACAGCAAGCCAAGCCAGCGCUCGCCCAAACUGCAGGGACCAUCAGCCAUCAUUCUGCAACACGCCACCCUCCAGACGCAUCGGGGUCCAGGUUCAAUGAGCCGCAUGCUGCACAUCACUACCGGUCUGUCGUGCAGCACCUGUGAACCAGCCUCGCAGUAG